AUGGCUACUCUGGCGUUCGAUAUUUCGCAACUUCCAAUCGCGCCUACCGCUGGCGCUGGCUUGAUCGGUUCGUACCUCGCGGCGAUGAUGUACGGAUUGACGAUCCUACAAACGUAUCAGUAUUUCUCGAGAUAUUGGGGGGCUGAUCGGACUCAUGUUUACGUGUUGGUUAUCGUCUUGACCGUCCUGGACACUUUUUCAAUGGCGUGCAACAUCCACAUGAUGUGGCAUUUCCUCAUUGCGAACUAUUGCAAUCCUCUAUCUUUAUUGUUCGCUGACUGGAGCACACUGGUAUCUAUAUUGGCGAACGGCGUCAUUGGAAUCAUCGUUCAAGUUUUCUAUGCAUACAGAUUGUGGAUGCUGAGCGACAGGAAGGAGUACAUCACUCCCAUCGUCAUCGUCAUCCUCGGCAUUGGCGCCCUCGUUUCCUGUAACGUUCAUAUGGCCCAGCUCUACAAACACGGAACGUUCCUCCAAGUCGCCAAACUCGCUUACCUUCCGACUAUGUACUUUUCCUUCUCUAUCGGCGCCGACGCUCUGAUCACCUUUGGAAUCACAUUCUGGCUCAUGAGGCAUCGCAAUCGGGGGAUGAGAAGCUCGACGAACGACGAUACUAUUCGCAAGCUCAUUACCUAUACUAUCAACGCAGGCGCCAUUACAACAUUGUGCUGCGUCAUUUCUUUGAUACUGUGCCGAACGAUCCCGAAUUCAUUCUACGACUUGAUGUUCGCGCUGCCUCUGAGCAAGUGCUACGUCAACUCCAUUCUCGGAUUCCUAAACGCUCGUGAAGAGCUCCGCAAAAAUAGAGGACUGGUUACAGUCAACCUUACUACUUCCACCACGUCGAAGACGACGUCGUACUACGGCACCCAACUUGAUAUGUUCAAGUCCUGA